UUUUUGCAAAAAUAAAUAAAUAGUAGAAUGAGUGUUUCUCUGACAGUAUUGACCUUCAAUUUACUUGAAGAUCAACCAGAAAAUGGUCCAAAUUGUUGGGAAAAAAGGAAAGAUUUGUGUGUUAGUGUUAUCACUAGUUAUUCCCCAAUUAUUCUUUGCACUCAACAAGGUGUGAAGUCUCAAUUAGAGUAUCUCCAACAAUGCUUGCCAGGUUAUGAUCAGUUCGGGAUUUCAAGGAAAGGAACCGAAGAUGUAGCUGAUCAAUGUUGCACCAUUUUUUAUGACAAGGAAAAGGUGGAAUUAUUAGAAGGUGGAACAUUUUGGUUGUCGGAAUCUCCUUCUGUUCCUGGAAGCAUGUCAUGGGGGAGUGUAGUCCCGUGCAUUGCCACAUGGGCAACAUUUCAAUUGAAAGGAAUUGAGCCCCCAGGUUUUUCAUUUCAAAUAGUAAAUACGAACAUGGAUGAGUUCAGUCCACGUGCCCGUAGGCGAAGUGCGUUGCUGACAUGGCAGCACAUUGCAUCAUUACCCCCUAGCUUGCCAGUUGUAUAUUGUGGAGGUUUUAAUACACAAAAAGAGUCGACCACCGGACGCUUUCUUCUGGGAAGAUCAAGAGAGCACGGCGCUGUAGGUGAUAUGAGAGAUGCAUGGCCCAAUGCUCGGUUGAGGAAGAAUGUGUCUCUUAUACGCACAUAUCAUGGAUUUAAAGGUAACAAACAAGGAGCUGCUGAGUUCUUGAAGUUGAUUUUCCGGGCACUUUGCCUGUGUUGGGAUCGUCAAACCCAAGAUUUGCACAUAGACUGGAUCCUGUUUAGAGGUCGGUCGCUAGUGCCUGUAUCUUGUGAAGUGGUAAACGAUAACAUUGAUGGUCAUUAUCCUUCAUCUCAUUAUCCCAUCUUUGCUGAAUUUCUGCUUCCAAGAACAGUUCGAUUGCUUGAUCCACCACCCGUUGAAGAUGAAACCUCCACAGAUACUUGAUGGUUACCUUAUUAUGACUUUCUUCGCCUUGUUAAGUUGUUUAAUUUUCCAUUUAUAUUCAGGUUUCUUGUUAGCAAAAGUCACAACCACCAUCGCAAAUUAUAUGCAAUUCAAUUAAAUUUGUUCCAUUUUAUAACAUUA